AUGUCCUCUGCCACCCCAGACAAGCUCGAUAUUGAAAUCAUCUCCCCAGGUGACGGAAAGACUUUCCCUAAGACGGGAGACCUUCUCACCGUGCACUACACGGGCACGUUGACCAACGGCAAGAAGUUCGACUCCUCCGUCGACAGAAACAGACCUUUCCAAUUCAGAAUUGGCCAAGGUAUGGUCAUCCAGGGCUGGGAACAAGGCUUUGCCAAGUUGUCGCUCGGCGAAAAGGCCAGAUUAACUGUUCCUCCUCUUAUGGCAUACGGUGAAAGAGGCUUCCCAGGCUUGAUUCCUCCAAUGUCUCCACUUAUCUUCGACGUUGAGUUGUUGAAGAUCAACUGA